AUGGCAAUGUUGCUGGAUUCCUAUGUUGUUGAAGUUGGUCAGUCGUGGUGGCUGUCUGAAUCAGAGGCUGCAUCCAGCAAAGACAUUGCCUCAUGGCAGCCCAAAAGGAAGACCAAGAUGACCAAUAUACCAAAUGACAAAGCAAGACCGGGUUUCGUCAAGGGCCAGGUGAGUGAAGUUUCAGCUGAUGGGAAGAGCUUUUGGGUUCAACUUCCGAGCGGAAAAGGCUUUGAAGUUCAUCGGAACCAGCAAGUGUUGCCUUGGCCUGAGCUCUUGGAGCAAGGCCGAAAGCGCUUGAGAUGCGUGGAUUGGGCGGCUCAAACAGAAGACCUUUGGGCUCAAAGCUCUGGUGGUUUUGAGCUUUCGCGCCCAUUAGCUCGUGGCGAAGUGAUUGAUUUCUUUGUUUCGCAUUCAUGGUCAGAUCCACCCACACAAAAAUGGAAAGCGCUUCAGCUGGUGGCAGAGAACUUCAAGCUGCAGCACGGGCGUGAUCCAACAUUCUGGGUGGACAAAGUCUGCAUCGACCAGCGUCAAAUUGCAGACGGUUUGAGGGUGUUGCCUGUAAAUGUGAUGGCAUGCAGACAGGUGCUUGUCCUUUGUGGGCCAACAUACCCGACACGACUUUGGUGCGCAUGGGAACUAUGUGUUUUAUUUUCUUUUAUGCCUGUGCAAGCAGCUUUGAAUCAGCUCGUGGUCAUUCCGCUGAGCCAGCCUGCACUUUUGGAAUUGACAGGCUUCGAUGUUUCGAUUUCAAGUUGCUACGAUCCGAACGAGGAGUUGCGCUUGCGCCAUGUCAUUGAUGCGAUUGGCACAAAGUUGUUUGAGUCGAAGAUCCGUCAGCUGGGACAGCUGAUUUUAGACCGAGAAUUGACCAAGAGCAGAGGAUUCUUGGUGGAUGCGAUCCUCAACGACACCGUCAACGACACCGUCAACGACGACACUGUCGGCAACGGUGGUACAAGCGGAGUAGAUAGCCGAACUUUGGACUCGUCUGACCGAAUCAGUGAGGGGUCCAUUAUAGAGAUUUAA